AACACACUGUCUGCUUCGUCAAUAUUCAUGCCUGUCGUUUGAAUUCCAACAUUCUACUAUCAGUCCUUCGAUACGAACGCAAGAAGAAAAUGGCUGACAUGAGCAGCAACCUUCGCUCGAGGCAAGACGGCGGAGAAGAAGCGCCGUUCCUCGUUACGAUAGACUGCUCAUUGGGCAACGACUACAAUGGGAGGGUCGGAAUCCGCAUCUCAGCCAUCUUUGUUAUCUUCAUCGGCUCCAUGUUUGGCUGCGUUGUGCCGCUGUUGCUUUCCCGUUCCUCGACUAGCAAGUCGUUCACCAGGCGUUGCUUCUUCGCCGCUAGAUUCUUUGGCUCAGGUGUCAUUGUAGCAACGGCCCUGAUUCAUCUCUUUGCGCCUGCUGUCGCUGCUCUCUACUCGCCUUGCCUCAAUCCCGAGUCCGCCAUCACUCAAUAUGCCUGGCCGGAGGGCAUCUGCCUCAUGGCCAUUUUUGCCAUGCUCCUUGCGGAACUGCUGGCCAGUCACUACGCUGUCAAAGCAGACAAAAGAGUCGCGGUCCAGCAAGCCCAAGAACCCAAUAGUAAUAAGCAAGUGACAAGAACCUGCUCAGGGGGUAUCAUCAGAUCUACUGACCAUGAGACGGUUCCCGGCGACACGUUUGCCCUGCAGAUGACAUCGCUCUUCAUCCUCGAAUUUGGCAUCAUCUUCCACUCGGUUCUCAUCGGACUGACCCUAGCGGUUGCUGGCGAAGAGUUUAUUGUCCUUUACAUUGUUCUCACCUUCCACCAGACCUUUGAGGGUGUCGGUCUCGGUGCACGUCUCGCGCUCAUCUCGUGGCCGAGAGGUAGAGCCUGGAUGCCGUAUGUCCUGAGCGCUGCCUACUCACUGUCGACCCCUAUCGCCAUAGCGGUUGGUCUGAGUGUGCGCCAGACAUUUGAACCGGGAAGCCACCUCGCCCUGGUGGUGAGCGGCGUGUUUGACUCCAUCUCAGCAGGCAUUCUUCUGUACACAGGUCUGGUCCAGCUGAUUGCCUACGACUUCUUCAUGAACGGUUCUGCGAUGAUGCACGCGACGAUUGGUCGCAAGCUGGGGGCAUUUGGAUGGAUGUGCCUCGGAGCUGGGCUCAUGUCGCUGCUGGGCAACUGGGCUUGAGUUAUCUUGGAUAACCAUGAGAAUGAAUAUGGAAAGUAGCGAAUGGACGGAAAUGGAGAGCCCAUAUUAAGAGUGGGGUUCUCGGUGGGUUAGGAAGCAAC